CAUUGUUGGAUGUCCUGUGACCGACAAGCCAGGUUCUAAACCUCAUUAUUAUGCCUUUGGAGAUGGAGCCCAAAAUGAGCAAACUGGCCUUUGGGUGCCAGAGAAGUUCCACGUCGGACGAUGAUUCUGGCUGUGCGCUGGAAGAGUAUGCCUGGGUCCCCCCAGGCCUCAGGCCUGAGCAGAUCCAGCUCUACUUCGCCUGCCUGCCAGAGGAAAAGGUUCCUUACGUUAACAGCCCUGGAGAGAAACACCGGAUUAAACAGCUUUUGUACCAAUUGCCACCACAUGAUAACGAGGUGAGGUACUGCCAGUCUCUAAGCGAAGAGGAGAAAAAGGAGCUGCAGGUGUUCAGUGCACAGAGGAAGAAGGAAGCUCUCGGAAGAGGAACCAUCAAACUCUUGUCCAGAGCGGUGAUGCACGCCGUGUGUGAGCAGUGUGGAUUGCAGAUGAGUGGCGGGGAGGUUGCAGUGUUUGCCUCCCGAGCAGGCCCUGGAGUCUGCUGGCAUCCGUCCUGUUUUGUGUGCUUCACGUGUAAUGAGCUCCUGGUCGACCUCAUCUAUUUCUAUCAGGAUGGAAAAAUUCACUGUGGCAGGCACCACGCAGAACUGCUCAAACCUCGAUGCUCAGCCUGUGAUGAGAUAAUUUUUGCUGAUGAGUGUACAGAAGCUGAGGGUCGCCACUGGCACAUGAAACACUUCUGCUGCCUGGAGUGUGAGACGGUCCUGGGGGGCCAGAGGUACAUCAUGAAGGACGGCCGCCCCUUCUGCUGUGGCUGCUUUGAGUCUCUCUACGCGGAGUACUGUGAGACCUGUGGGGAGCAUAUCGGUGUGGACCAUGCACAGAUGACCUAUGACGGGCAACACUGGCAUGCCACAGAGGCCUGCUUUUCCUGCGCUCAGUGUAAGGCCUCCUUGCUGGGAUGCCCCUUCCUUCCAAAGCAAGGUCAGAUUUAUUGCUCCAAGACCUGCAGCCUUGGCGAAGACAUCCACGCCUCCGAUUCUUCCGACUCUGCAUUCCAGUCGGCCCGAUCCAGAGACUCCAGGAGAAGUGUGCGCAUGGGCAGAAGCAGUCGCUCCGCAGACCAGUGCAGACAAUCUCUCCUCUUGUCUCCUGCUCUGAACUACAAGUUUCCUGGUCUUAACGGCAAUGCUGAUGACACCCUGUCGCGGAAGCUGGACGACUUGAGUCUCUCCAGGCAGGGAGCAGGCUUUGCUAACGAGGAGUUCUGGAAAGGCCGAGUAGUAGAUCAGGAGGCCUCCGAAGACCCUGAAGAAUGGGCUGAACAUGAAGAUUACAUGACACAGCUCCUCCUCAAGUUCGGUGAUAAAAGCCUCUUCCAGCAGCAGCCCAGUGAGGUGGACAUUAGAGCCAGUGAGCACUGGCUACCCGACAACGUGGUUAAAAACAAGCCUGAGGUAAAGCCGAAUCACCAGGGCCUCGUCAGUAAGAAGUAUCAGUCCGAUAUGUAUUGGGCGCAGUCCCAAGAUGGGCUAGGAGACUCUGCCUACGGCAGCCAUCCGGGCCCUGCCAGCAGCCGAAGGCUGCAAGAGCUGGAUCUGGACCAUGGUGCUGCAGGGUAUAACCAUGACCAAACCCAGUGGUAUGAAGACUCCCUGGAGUGUCUGUCUGAUUUGAAACCAGAACAAAGUGUCCGGGAUUCUAUGGAUUCUUUGGCACUGUCCAAUAUCACAGGGGCAUCAGUGGAUGGAGAAAGCAAGCCAAGACCAUCAUUAUACUCCCUCCAAAACUUUGAGGAGAUGGAGGCAGAUGAUUGUGAGAAAAUGAGCAACAUGGGAACUCUGAAUUCUUCUAUGCUGCACAGGAGUGCAGAGUCCUUAAAAAGUCUGAAUUCAGAGUUAUGUCCAGAAAAAAUCAUGCCUGAGGAAAAGCCAGUACAUCUGCCAGUGCUCAGAAGAUCCAAGUCUCAGUCCAGACCACAGCAGGUCAAGUUUUCAGAUGACGUCAUUGACAACGGAAGCUAUGACAUCGAAAUCCGGCAGCCUCCAAUGAGUGAGAGGACUCGGAGACGAGUGUAUCACUUUGAAGAGAGGGGAUCCAGGCCUCACCACCACCGCCAUCGGAGGAGCAGAAAGUCCCGGUCUGACAACGCCCUGAACCUGGUCACAGAAAGGAAGUACUCUCCCAAGGACAGACUUCGGCUGUACACCCCUGAUAACUAUGAGAAAUUCAUACAGAAUAAAGGCGCCCGGGAGCUCCAAGCAUACAUGCAGAAUGCCGAUCUCUAUGGCCAGUAUGCCCAUGCCACAUCCGAUUACGCCCUGCAGAACCCAGGAAUGAACAGGUUCCUGGGGCUCUAUGGGGACGAUGAUGACUCCUGGUGUUCGUCUUCCACGUCCUCCUCCGACUCGGAAGAAGAAGGGUAUUUUCUUGGACAGCCCAUCCCUCAGCCACGGCCGCAGAGAUUCACCUACUAUACGGAUGACCUUUCUAGUCCAACUUCUGCACUGCCCACCCCCCAGUUUAGUCAGAGGACAACCAAAUCCAAGAAGAAAAAAGGACACAAGGGCAAAAACUGUAUUAUCUCUUAACCAAGUAGACGUGGGGAUUAUCUGUUUCAAACUUAGCCAUUUAACCCGGACUUUGACCUUUUUCUUCACCAUAGGAAAGUUGCUAAACUAUUGUAAAGUGCUUUCUAGGCCUA